AUGCAGCCUGUCACCUACCUGGGACUGCUCUUCUUUUGCUCAACGCCGGCUCUCACGGCGCCUUCGCAUGUUCACAACCAUCUGCAGCGUCACAGAGACCGCGCUGCAACACAUACCCUCAUCAAGCACAACCACGAAAUGCUGGCCAGACGGGCCGAACAAGUCCAACUGGAGGCCAUGGAGAACGCCCGGCUGGAAACUCAAUCAAAUUCACCCGCGGACAAACCAGCGACACAAUCCCCGUCAGAACAAGGGCCGACCGUAACGCUGUGGGGACAAGAAACCGGACCCAAGACCGCCGCGGCCGGGGCCGAUGAGGUGGUAAUACGAGCGUCCGGAUCGGCUUUUGGGUACGGGAGAAGCAAAGUUGCGGCGCACGGCGAAAUCGACUUGGAGCAUGUUGUGGAGGGUCUGGACAGCCGGCAAGUGGACGCGGCGACACGGCUGUUGCUUGCCCAUGCGGCGCGGAAACACAGCGGGUUCCGUCGUUAG